AUGGCUGUUUCUCACUGGCUCGUCGUUUCUGUGCCCUUUCUGCUGCCCUUCAUAACGCCCGUUUCAGCACAGCAACCAGGAUGUUCCGUCCGUGAUAGCAGACCAAGCGUUUAUGAAAAUAACCCCCCAGGCUAUGUGGUGACCACUGUCCACACAGACCCAGACUUCACUGUAAUGAUUGAACCAACGUCCCCCGAUGCCAGUUUUUUCACCUUACAGGGGUCUGAGCUGCAGCUGAACCGAAGCGUGGACUAUGAGAAAGACGCCUUGCUGCUGGUGGACCUGGUUUGUCAGAACACUGCUGGGCAGAGCGAUUCCUUGGGCGUUAUUGUAACCAUUCUCAACAUGAAUGAUAACAGCCCAGUGUUUAAGCAAACGAAUAUCACCAAAGUUGUUCCUGAGGAUACAAAACUGGGUGCAACUAUUGUAGCCCGUGAAGAUUUAAGCGCCAGCGAUGCUGACCUGGACACCAUAUUUUAUGAACUCACAACAUCAGUGCCGGGCACAGAUGGUUAUUUUGCCAUAAGAGGAGUUAAUAACCCAGGAAUUUAUUUACAAAAAGCAUUGGACUAUGAGAAAUUUAAAAUGACAACGUUGGUCUUGUAUGCAAGGGACAGGCCUAUGAGCAGCACUGACACCAACACAGGUACCACAACAAUAAACAUAUUUAUUGAACAAGCUGACACCAGAUCACCCUGGUUCUUACCCUGUACCUUCAUUAACAUGACCAGUCGCAUUUGCAUCAGCAGCCCCUAUACUGGGAGGGUGAAUAUCUCCGAGAUGUCGACAGAACCACUCAUCCUAGAGCCGGGGCCUAUCCAUGCUAUUGAUCCUGACUACAUUUUAAAUGAGAAAAUCGUGUACAGUAUUGUUGGAGGGGACCCAGACGAAGUGUUCUCGGUGAAUGCAGACACAGGGAAUCUGACUAUGAACAAAGUUGCAACUUCCCCAGGCUCCUACCUCUUGCAAGUCAUGGCCACCCAGGUCAACAACAUACAGAAAUACUCCAUAGUCAGCGUAGAGAUUAAGGUCAUUAAUAAAAGUGAUAAUCCACCGUACUUUGAGAACAGGAUCUACAACGGGACAGCAUUUGUUGGUCUGGGCCCAAGAAGCUUUGUCUUCCAAGCUGGUGAUCCUUCAACACCCCUGAUGAUAACAGCAGCAGAUGAUGAUUUCCCUGAUAAAGUCAACCCAAACAUUGAGUACUACAUAAGCAACAGCACUGAAUUCAUCGCAACCAAAGAUGGACUCAUCCUGACAAACAUGACGCUGCAGUCACCAGAAAGAGUAACCAUUGAGGCUGUUGGAAAAGAUACGGUGAGCCUGCAGAAGGGGAGCACUGUCAUCGUGGUGGAGGUUAUCCCUGCUGCAGCUGUAACCUCUUCUGAUAAGAUAUACACUGCCCAGGAUAUGGCUAUCUUAGGUGGUACAUUGGCAGCGCUGCUACUAAUUGCCUUAGUCUUCCUUGGAGUAAUGAUAUAUAAACAGCACGGAAAACCAGUCAAAUACCUGAUAAGGAAAAAGUUAUCCAAGGAAUUCCCUGGGGGUUACCAGAACCAAUCUUACAAUCAAGACGAACACCCAGAUGUGAGCACCAAACAGCGUAAGACAUCAGAAAACGGCAGUGUCUCAUCAAUGACACAUGUGCUAGAGCAGCCAGCUCUUCCCUUGCCCUCUUCCAACACAGAAGAAAUUCAUAGCCUCGCAAAGGCUUCUGUAGCCUCCACCAUCAUCUUUGAUGAGGAAAAUAAAGAAGUGGUGGAAGAGGCUGAGCAUGAGAAAGAAGUGAAGUCUAUCCUCAAGACAGACAGGCACGUGGGAGAUGAUGGCUACAAAGCUGUGUGGUUUAAGACUGAUGUGGAUCCAGAUGCUGGAGAGAGGGUUAAAGUAAUUGAGGACAGUGCAGGAGAUGGUGAUGAUGACAGUGACCAAGAUCUGCAGGACAGUGAGGAGGAGGAGGAAGAUGAUUAUGACAAGGACAAGCAGCAUAAAGGACUGGGAGUGUCCUUUGCCUCAGAGAGCUCAUCACUCCCAGCUGCAGAAGUGAUCAUCAACCUGUCUCACACAGAAGCAGUGACAGAAGAAAACAGUGACAUAUAA